AGGCGGCGGCGGGCGAGGCGGGCUCGCCCGGCGCGGGGCCGGCGCUCUGCUCGCCCGGGACAUCGCUGCUUUCCAGCUCCGCGCAGACGGCGGCUGGGCGCCUCGCGGACGAUCGGAGGGCGCGGUCCAGGUCGGGGGCUUUUUCCUCCCGCCGCCUGCCUCGUCUGAGCUUGAGGCGCCUCCGGGGAAAGCCGCGGCCCCGAGGGCGGAUCCGAGGGCAUCUCUAAUAGAGCUUUCAUUGGACUGAAGUGGAAACAUAAGAAUUGGAGCAUAUUUUCAUUUUCAAGAACCUGGGAGUGAAAGCCACAAUGAAUGGUCAUAUUUCUAAUCAUCCUGGUGGUUUCGGAAUGUAUCCAUCCCAAAUGAAUGGAUACGGAUCAUCAGCUGCCUUUCCCCAGACGGACAGAGAACACAGCUUAAAACCAAGUGCAAAGGCCCUUUAUGAACAAAGGAAGAAUUAUGCACGGGACAGUGUCAGCAGUGUGUCAGAUACAUCCCAAUACCGUGUUGAACACUUGACCACCUUUGUUCUGGACCGGAAAGAUGCUAUGAUAACUGUUGAUGAUGGAAUAAGGAAGCUGAAACUGCUUGAUGCCAAGGGCAAAGUAUGGACUCAAGACAUGAUUCUUCAAGUGGAUGACAGAGCUGUGAGCCUGAUUGAUUUAGAAUCAAAGAAUGAACUGGAGAAUUUUCCUUUAAACACAAUCCAGCACUGCCAAGCUGUGAUGCAUUCCUGUAACUAUGACUCAAUUCUUGCCCUGGUGUGCAAAGAGCCAACUCAGAACAAGCCAGAUCUUCAUCUUUUCCAGUGUGAUGAGGUCAAGGCAAACUUGAUUAGCGAGGAUAUUGAAAGUGCAAUCAGUGACAGUAAAGGAGGGAAGCAGAAGAGGCGGCCUGAUGCCCUGAGGAUGAUUUCCAAAGCAGACCCUGGUAUACCACCUCCACCAAGAGCCCCUGCCCCAGUGCCCCCUGGGACUGUGACCCAGGUGGAUGUUAGAAGUCGGGUGGCAGCUUGGUCUGCAUGGGCAGCUGACCAUGGGGACUUUGAGAAACCAAGGCAGUAUCAUGAGCAUGAAGAAAUACCUGAGAUUAUGAUAGCCCGAAUUGACAGAGAUGUGCAAAUCUUAAACCACAUUUUGGAUGACAUUGAAUUUUUUAUCAUGAAACUCCAAAAAGCAGCAGAAGCAUUUUCUGAGCUUGCUAAAAGGAAGAAAAGUAAGAAAGGUAAAAAGAAAGGACCAGGAGAGGGUGUUUUAACUCUGCGGGCAAAACCCCCACCUCCUGAUGAAUUUGUUGACUGUUUACAAAAGUUUAAACAUGGAUUUAACCUUCUGGCCAAAUUGAAGCCUCAUAUCCAGAAUCCCAGUGCUUCAGAUUUGGUUCACUUUUUAUUUACUCCAUUAAAUAUGGUGGUGCAGGCAACAGGAGGCCCUGAACUAGCCAGUUCAAUCCUCAGCCCCCUAUUGACUAAGGAUACAGUUGAUUUCUUAAAUUAUGCUGUCAAUCAUGAUGAAAGGCAGCUGUGGAUGUCAUUGGGCGAUGCUUGGAUGAAAGUCAGAGCAGAGUGGCCAAAAGAGCAGUUCAUUCCACCAUAUAUUCCCAGGUUCCGCAAUGGUUGGGAACCCCCACUGCUGAGCUUCAUGGGAGCACCGCUGGAACAGGAUCUUUAUUCGCUGUCUGAGUCUGUGGCAAGUCUAGAACAUCAGCGCAAACACGAAGCAAAACGAUCUUCCUCAGAGCAAUCCAGUCUAUCAGAGUAUCCUGCAGCUGAUGGGUAUGCAUUCAAUAACAUUUACUCAAGAGGGUCGCAUCUGGAUCAAGGGGAAGCCGCCGUUGCUUUUAAGCCAACUCCUAAUCGCCAUGUAGAUAGAAAUUAUGAUCCAGUCAAAACACAACCCAAGAAAUAUGCCAAAUCCAAGUAUGACUUUGUGGCAAGGAACAACAGUGAGCUCUCAGUUCUGAAGGAUGAUAUUUUAGAGAUCCUUGAUGAUAGGAAGCAAUGGUGGAAAGUUCGAAAUGCAAGUGGAGAAUCUGGAUUUGUGCCAAAUAACAUUUUGGAUAUCGUGAGACCUCCAGAAUCUGGAUUAGGGCGUGCUGAUCCACCUUACACACAUACCAUACAGAAACAAAGGAUGGAGUAUGGUCCAAGACCAACUGAUACUCCCUCUGCCCCAUCACCUCCUCCAACACCAGCUCCUGUUCCUGUUCCCCUUCCACCUUCCACUCCAGCACCAGUUCCUGUGUCAAAGGUCCCAGCAAAUGUAACCCGUCAGAACAGCAACUCCAGUGACAGUGGUUCCAGUAUUGUGCGAGAUAGCCAGAGACACAAACAACUUCCGGUGGACCGAAGGAAAUCUCAGAUGGAGGAAGUGCAGGAUGAGCUCAUCCACAGACUGACCAUUGGUCGGAGUGCUCAGAAGAAGUUCCCCGUGCCACGGCAGAAUGUGCCAGCUGUCAAUAUCACUUAUGACUCCACACCAGAGGAUGUGAAGACGUGGUUACAGUCAAAGGGGUUCAACCCUGUGACUGUCAAUAGUCUUGGAGUAUUAAAUGGUGCACAACUUUUCUCUCUCAAUAAAGACGAACUGAAGACAGUCUGCCCUGAAGGGGCUAGAGUCUUUAGUCAAAUCACCGUACAAAAGGCUGCAUUGGAGGACAGCAGUGGCAGCUCCGAGUUGCAAGAAAUCAUGCGAAGACGACAGGAAAAAAUCAGUGCCGCUGCUAGCGAUUCAGGAGUGGAAUCUUUUGAUGAGGGAAGCAGUCACUAAUUUGUUUAUUUGUUUGUUUUUAAACUCCAUUAUUCUUGGCAUUAUUCCAACGUGCUUUGUUUUAAGAAGCCAUGAAGGGAAUGUGAGAUUCUUAUUUCUUGGGAUACUUAACUUAUUGCCAUAAAAAAAACAAUGCAAACAUAAGUCAGCAGAGGACUUGCUUCUGGGCCCAUUAUUUUUAUUAAAACUGAAAAAUUUUAAAGAGAAUCUUUUGACCUUGGGAAAUAUUUUGCCUACUUUACCAAGGUGAAGUUUCGUCUAUUGGAUUAAAUAUUUCAUUUCCAUCUCAAUGCAUAAUCAGGCAUUUUUUGACAGUGGUAAAUUUAUUUGUUGCAACGAAACAAAGAUAUUGCCCAUGUUUAUGGCAACAAAGCAAAGAUAUUGCCCAUGACUUAAAAUCUCAACAAUUUCAGUUUUGCCUGUGAUGAUGGUGUCUGUCCUUCAGGGUGUAGCUUCCUUUAGGCUGCCUCUGCUUACUUAGAUUGCUUCUUUGACAUACUCAAUGAUGGAAUAUUUAGAUUUAUUUAAAGUUCUUAAUGCCAACAGCUUAAAAAUUUUAAACAUUUAAUGAACUGUAAAAUACAACAAGGCCUUGGAUGUGGAAAUAUAAACCUAGGGAGCAUUCCCAAGACAUUUUAUUUGUCGUGGCUCUGUUGAUCACAAUUCCUUGUAUAGCUUGUAUUUUGAUUUAGUUUAUAUUCUGCUUAUUAUCUAUGCUGUGUUCUUAUAUAUGAGAAAGCACAAGUGGAAAAGAGGUCAUAUACAUUCAAAAUCUGUCACAGGAAGUAGCCUGCAUUGGUGUGCGUUACAGUAUUUUGCUUAAUGAAGGCCUCAGUUCUGAAUAUUGAUAUAAGUAGUUAAAAGGAAAUUGAGACCAUUUUAUGUGUUUAUCUGUGUCAAGUUUUUCUGGUAAUAAGAAACACUUAAUUUACACAUAUUUUAAUCCUGUGAAAGAUUCUAGAUAGAGAAAAGAAAGAUACUUAACCUUCAACAAAUGUUAUUUUUGGAAACACGACUUUUGUCAUUAAAUGUUAUAUUAUUUCACAUAUAUAAAGCAGAUGUUAUGUAAGAAUGUUGUAUAUUUUAACAUAAAUCCAUUUAGAGAGAUUAUCUAGAUUCAUUAAUUUUCAUAGUGCCUUUUUCACAUGAGUCAGCUGGAAAGUCUGCAAUAAACAGUAUUUGCUGUAUGUUAAUAAA